AUGGAUUUUGGGGAUUUUCUUGUCUUUUGGCUCCUUGGUCGCUCCAUCUUCAAGCUCUUAAUUUUCUCCUCGUCUCAACUUCUUCUAAUAACAAUCUCUACACCUGUGAAAUUAUUGUCGGAAACAUCGAGGAAAAUCAAACUAGGAAGUGAAAGCAAAUUGCUUGAUAAGUUACCCGAAAGCAAAUUGUUCCCGAGUGAUAAUCUCUGCAAGUUGUUUAAUCUUGUGAGUUGUAAUGGUAGUUCCCCAGAGAAUGUAUUGGAUCUCAGAACAAGAACAGUUAAGGUGGUGAUGUUGGAAAAUUAUGUGGGGAUUGGAUAUGAAAGGUUGUUACCAGAAAUUAUGGUCAAAGGUUAA